UGGGUUCGACUACGCGAGUGUCGUUCGGCCGUGCCGGACUCAUCCGCCGCAAUACGAGAGUUCACUCGGCGCGCGACAGUCGGCUCUGUUCGACGUGAUUACGUGCACGUCGUCGGUUUUCGCGGGGAUCACUGUUAAACGCUCGGCGGCAGAUCUGUAUUUUUCCGAGUUUUUUUUUUUUUUUUUUUUUCAUCACUAUUUACUCAAAUGGCAUUAUUGUCCGUCCCGUGAAAACGUCACACGGCGGUAAACCGUUUCGUUUGAAACUCGCGCGGUCGCGUUUUCCCAUUCUCGUCGAAACGGCAACCGUCCGCCCGCGAUAAUAUAACGGACAUAAUCCGGGUACAUAUAUCGACCCCCCCCCCUACCCCCGUGAUAUUAUACCGGGUGUCCGCGAAACGAAUCGCACGUGUCUUCGAAUAUAUUCCAAAAUUAGGUAACCGUUAUUCGUAUCGAAAAAUCGCCCGGCCGACGACACCGUAUCGCAAUGAAAUUCAAUUCACGUAAGUGUCAACACGGUAUAUGUUAUAAUAUUUACGUACCCGUGUAUUUACACACUGCGGGUAUAAAUACCUGGGUGUACCGUAAAAUCUUUUUUUUUUUUUUUAAUUAAUUUAUAUUUUGCGCUGUUAGUUUUAAACAUUGGAGCGUGCAUGUCGGCCUGUUAUUAUCAGACUUAAAGGUAAGAUACAUUUUCGAUGUUUGUGCGCCGGUUUUUUUUCCCUCGAUAUUUCAAUGUUUAAGCCAGAUACUGAUAAUUUUUUAAACACCGUAAUAUUUCUCACACGUUCGUAACUCGUUUGAGUAUAAAAUGGUCAAAAACAAACUAAAAAAGUACGCAAUUAGACAAUAUUUUUAACUUAAAGUUUAACAAUAAGCUAAUAUUACUUAAUAAUACGCGCUGUAAUAUUAAAACCAACAGCAUAAAAUCGGUUUUCAUAUAUAUAUAUAUAUAAAAAAAAAAAAAAGAAUAAGUAUUAAGACAUUAACCAAUGAACUCAGUGAAAUUGCUCAAUUUAUGGAAUCACAUUAAAUUCAAUACGUUUUUAGUUGAGACGCGAUCAAACUGAUCGAAGAUAAGAUAACGGGAGGAGUUUUGACCCCUUAAACCAUUUAUAAAAGUGAUUUCAUAAGAUAAAUUUUAAUGUGGAUAAUAUUUUGAUCAAAAAUCUAUUUAAAAAAACUUAAUAAAAACUAAAAUAAGAAUAUAGUUUAUGUGUCUUGGCAUACCGCGUUUUUACUACGUUAUUAAAUAAUGACAGUAAAUAAAAAAUUAUAUAUUCAUAUCAGGCCACCUAUGCACCUAUUUCCCUGAAUAUUUCCCUGAAUUUCCCUGCAAUCAAUAUAUUUCAGGUGAAUACGAACGUUAUCGAAGCAAUGUCCCAGCGAAAUAUUUAUUUUAUUUUAAAUAUAUUAUAUGGGCAUUUGCUGCAAUGACUCCCGUGUACUUCGGUCGAUUAGUGAAAUGCACUGGUAUAUAGCCGAAUGAGCGGGUGGGUUGUCUGAAAUAUUAUUUUGCGUAUUAAAAUUGAAUAGCAGUUAUGGAAAUGAGCAAAAACUAAUAAAUCAGUAACUGCUUUAUUAUGCGGGUAUAAUUGGUCCUGACCUGUACUCUGUACUAUAACGAUACUGUAACGUGAAAUUGUAAUUAACAUUAAUAAUAUUAAAUGAAAUAUUUAUACUGACAGAUAAACGCAUUUUUUUAAAAAUGUUAGAUAGAAGGUUUAGUAGACGAUUUGAGUAUUUUUCUGUUUGUACUUCAAUAUACAUCGACGAUGAUACUUUUAGGUCAUUCCGAAGGCUAUGAAAACAUUGAGUAAUACGUUGUUUAGAUUUUUAAAGUAUCAAUGUAUAGAUUUUCAAAUGUAUCGAAAAGUUUCAGAUAAUCCAUUGACAAAUUAUCUAGGUUAUUUAGAAAGUCAAUUUUUAAAUUUCAAGUUUCAAUCACCUACAUAAUUGAGAUAUUAUUUUUGAAAAUUUCGUGUAAAUCACCGCAUUAAAUUUGUAUUUAUUUUGGAUUUCAAAUGCAAAUACAUCACUGAUAGUGGGAUGAGUGGGCGAGUAUCGAAAAAUAUAACUGCACUGGCUUUUGAAAAUCCUCUGGGCUCCAGUGGGUAUUUGAACUCCUUCUUUUUCUUUGUCUUCUUCUUAACAGCUUAACGAGUCGUGUAGCCCCAUCGUUGUCACCAUUAUAUCGUUCCAUCGGUUCCUAUCAUUCGCACCCUCUAUAAUUGCGUGUUUUCGUGGAUCAUUUCCAGGUAUUUAUCACUACGUCCAUCCAUCUCGUUCGGCACCUUCCUACAGGUCUUUUCCAAAUAAUUUUACCCACUGUUACUCGUUUGAUUAUUAUUGUUUCCACUGCCUUCCAUUCUAUCCUCUUGCUUUUGCUAAUGUUUAGCAGCUAAACGACAGGACGUUCGGCCUUCCAUAAAUAUUUUGCAAGUCAUCGUUGUCUUUUUUCAUAUUAGUUCAUCGUAUAUGAACUUGAAAAUAAAUAAUAAUGCAAUAUAAGUUCCUUCUAAUCAGUAGCAGACAAAUCCGAAAGAUUAUACCUACCCGUCGUUUUACACGUGGAAAUAUUAAUUAAUUUAUCGAGUGUAAUUCUAAUCGUAUCGCCGGGAAUAAUAACUACGAUAUUAGAAUACUACGAAUAAUCGUAAUCAUGUUAUUCACAUAAGUACAAUAUUCUAUUAUAAUGUUAUGACCUAGCUGUACGCUGUACCCAAAUUCGAUAUUCUAUAUCAUACAGGCGGUUUGUCCUUAUCGGUCGUUUUACCGAAAAUUAUUAUUGCCGUUCAUACCGAUUAACAAAUGCAAAUGCAGAAAAAAAUAAAAUAAAAACCAAAUUUAUGUCCGGUUGUAGAAAAUAAUGCACACCACGGAAUAUACAUUUUAAAAAAAGUUAACAUUUUUCAAUAUAAUGAGCGUAGCCACUUAUAUAGAUCAUCCGGUAUGUAUUGAAAAAUAAAAUUUUGACUCGUCGGCCCUGUGCGUGGUUCAGUAGUCCAUUUAAAUUUUAUUGUGUAGUUACUAAACUAUAUCAUCUUUUGAUUAGUGAAAACGGAUAAUGAGGUCGUGUUUGAUAGUAAUAAAUACAUGUUAGGUGAUUUUGUGCCGUCUAACGAACAAUUUUUCUUGGAUAAUUUUCAAUCUGUGAACAACUUGAAUUAAUGCUCAUCGUAAUAUAAUAUUAAGUACCUAAGUAUAAAAUAUUAAUUUUAAAUUCUGGGCACAGCGAGGAAUGUAUUGGUUUCACUACGGAGUGUGCUUUGUUACCUAUUUAUUUUUUUUGAUCUGUGAGCAACUUUUUCUGACAGAAAUCUUGUCUCAAUCAAAAAGGCAAUUUUUGUUGCAUUUCGAAUUGAAUUGGUGUAUUAUUUUUUUGAUGUUCUGAGCUGUUUUCAUAACCAUUAGGAAAACCGGUAAAAAAAAAAAAAACGUUUGGGAAAAACGGAUAAAUAUUCGCGGUGUUAACGAUUUCAUUAUUUAAAAAUUUUUGAAUUUUUUUCUUACCAGAAAUCUUACUACAAAUUUCAAGAGUAGUGUUUUCUCUGAUAGUAAACUUAUUUGGCUGAUGAGCGAGUAGAUUUUUGAUUUUCCAAGUAGUUUUUAUCAUAAUUAGGAAAACCUAGAAAAUACGAAAAUCACGGUUCACUAUUUUUUAUUUUGGUUUUUUGUUGUUAUUCGGUUAAAAAUACUCAGUGGCACAUUUGUUACCCGCUCUUUUUUUUCUUUUCUUUUUUAUAAUUCGAAGAUAAAUAGGAAUAAUUUUUUUAACGAAAUAAAUAAUUAUUUGUUAUUCUUCAAAUAUUUACAUAUAGUGUAAAUAUACACUAAUCGUUUAUUAUUCUAAACAUGUACAUAACCUUGAUAUAUGUACUUUAAAUGAAUCGACUGCAGUUAAUGAAUCCAUAUCAUAAUUAUUAUGAGUGUAUAUUGUAUACUUAUAAUUAUAAUUGAAACAAAUCGUCAAAAAAAAACAAGCCAACACAAUGGCUUUUGAAACAAUUCUUUAAGUGUUUAAUGUAAAUUUUGUCUUAUCGAACAAAUUUGUAAAUUUCAUUUUUCGAUUAUAAUAUGAAAUCGACCCACAUUGCGUGAUAGUGAGUCAACAAACUUAGGUGCGUAUAGGUACCGGUUUUACAUACCAUUCAUAAUUUGAACUUGUACCUACCUAACCUUAUAAUACCUAUACGAGUUUCGCGAACAAAUCCAUUACAUUAUUUAUUAUCAGUUUAAUUCGGUUAAAAAAACAAUGUUUAACACAGAAUAUACUGUUUGAGUUUUAAACUACAUUUAGUUUUAUUAUUGUUACGGGUAUUAUUUCAUCAUUAGAUACUAUAGACAGACAUAAGUCGAUAUGUCAAUUGUAUAAUAUUAACAUAUUAACAGGUUUACAUUGGGUUUUAUCGAUAAAUAAUCAUAGUUCAUUAAAUUCGGUCCAGCCGCUUCGCUGUUGAUCUGGUAGGUCGCCAAAUCAGUACUAUAACCAGGGUUGUGAAUUUAGUACUUAAAAAAUUUUUAAAAAAAUGUCUUUCUUAAAAAAAAAUUUGAAAUUAAUAAAUUACAAAUGUAAGGUAGUAACCACGGCGGGACAUUACUGGUAUUGAUGAUUAGAAAACAACUAACGUCUAUCAUUAUCACGUACAUAAUAUUAUCAUUACAGAAGUACGUGACUGAUAAAUCAGAUAAACAUGAUACUUUUAAUUGGAUGCACAAUAAUUCAAAUUUAGAGUACAAUGGAUUAUGCGAGUAAUUGGCCUAAUCACGGUAUAACGUCUUCUUCGUGAUCUCGACAACAAGGGAAAAGACACUAUUAUAUAAAAAUAUUUUUUUUUUACAUUUUGUUUGAAAAAUAGUUUCUAAAAAUAUACCAUUUAUACAAAAACGUAAACAUACCCCCAACCAACGUUUCGGAACCGACGCAGUUUGUGGAUUUAUAUUAUCCUGCUCGUGUAGGGUUUAUCGUUUUAUGCGUGAUUUAUGCGUAUUAAUAUAUACCUAGCCUAACAUAAACUAUCCCAUUGGGUUUUGCGCAGGAUGCAUAUCCCAGAGAUGGGUGAUGGCCCUGAUGGGGAUGUUGGGCGUGACGAUGGCCUACGUGAUGCGGGCGUGCCUGGGCAUAACCCUCACCCAAAUGGUCAAGCCCGUGCUCGUGGACGCCGAUUCGGUGACGGCCGUCAAACACAACUACUGUCCGGUACCGGAGAGUUCGUCGCAAAACUCAAAGUCCAACAGGACCAUGCACGUCGAGGACUACAGCGAUCGGUUCGAUUGGGACGAUGAGACCCAAGGCAAGGUGCUCUCGGCGUUCUACUACGGUUACAUAAUCACGCACUUACCGGGUGGCGUGCUUUCCCAGAAAUUCGGCGGCAAGCACACCAUGGGAAUUGGCAUACUUUCCACCGCCGUUUUCACGCUGAUGACGCCGUUCGUGGCACGCAUGGGCUCCAUGCAGUUGACCAUCCUCCGGUUCAUCGAGGGUCUCGGAGAGGUAAGAAUCAACCUCGAUCCAGAUUCGAGCGAUAUGGGUCUGGUAGAAAACAAGAAUCGAUGUUUACAGUUGAAACCCUCAUUUUUCAAAAUAAAAAAAAAUUGAAUAGAAUUUUUCAUUUUCGAUUGUUAAUAUUACCGUCGUUCUAAUAAUUAUAUUCUUACGUUACAGACAAGUCGCAAAAGUUCUUUAGAUAGGUAACGAUUUGUACACUAAUAAUAAUAACGUAACAAAUGCCUCUAUGCGAUUCAUUAAACUUUUAAUAAAUGUGUUAAAAUACGUAAACUUUUAAUGCCAAUUAAAAUUGCGUUAAUUUUUGUGUUAUAAACAAUUUUUAGCAUUACAAAGCCCUAAGGUUUCAUCGAAUAUCUUAAAAGAAAAAAAAAACAUUUCGAAAAUAUCAACUGCCGUUAAACAGCUCAAAAAUCAUCACUUGAAUGUUUUGAAAAUUUUACCACGCAUAAAAAAGACCAAUAUUGUUAUUCUAUGAAAAAUUUAGAUUCGUACAAUUAUUUUUAACCUAAUUAAAAACAAAAACAAUAUCAAAAAUAGUGAAAUCGUUGAUAAUGUCCUGAACUUUGUUUUCCGUACGGUUAUUUCAAACUAUUAAGAAAACUAAACGGAAAAUCAUAAAUCGAAGUAAAAAUCGGCGUAAAAAUAACAUCAUCUACGAAUUACAAUACAUUAGGUAUUUUAUCUCUAAUACCACGUUGAAAGGGGAUACUUUUUCCUAUACGGUGUGAACAUGUUUUUGAAGUCAUUUCAUGAUUAACUUUAUACUUGCGAUAAUAUUUUACACAAGACUAUGUUAUUGAGAAUGUGUCUGAAAAUGUUUAAAUAAAUAAACGUUUCAUUUUUUUUAAAUUUCAUUAAAAUUUAAUAGUAUCUUAAAUCUAUAUAUAUAUACAGGUGAUACACGAAUUGAUUUUUUAGCUUUGAACAGAUCGAUCAUUACCAAGAUAGUUUGCAUCACGCCUGUUUUUUUGUUUUUUUACAGGGUACGACGUUUCCGGCGCUCUGCACGCUACUGGCACAAUGGGCUCCGCCAGAGGAAAAGGGAAAACUGUCCACGCUGGUGUUCGCUGGCGUGCAGAUAGGUAAUAUUUUUGCAAACUUCCUGAGCGGCUUCAUAAUACAGUACAUACCCGGCGGUUGGCCGAACGUGUUUUACUUCUUCGGCAUCAUUUCAAUCGUCUGGUUCGUAUUCUGGUGCAUAUUCGUCUACAACGACCCGAAAUCCCAUCCGUUCAUCUCGGACGAGGAACGCGAUUACUUACAGCAUUCGAUAGGGAGUCUAGAGAGAAAGAAGGUAUUUUAGAAAAUAUUAGCACUAUUCGCAGUGAGUUGAUACGAUUUCUAUAAUAUAAUGUAGAACUUGGUGACGACGCCUUGGAAGUCUAUUUUGACGUCGUGGCCGGUUUGGGCCUUGAUCAUCGCCGAAGCGGGACACGAUUGGGGUGGUUUUACAAUCAUCAGCGAUCUUCCUAAGUACAUGAGCGACGUUUUACAUUUUUCCGUGACCGAAGUAAAUCAAUAUGAAUAUAGUAAAAACCGUAACGGCUUUUGUUAAUAAUAAUGUUAAUGGCUUGUUUAGAACGGUUUGUUAUCGUCGCUCCCAUACGUGGCUCAAUGGAUCACUUCAAUCCUGAGCAGCAUACUGGCCGACCGAUUCAUUAACAGACGGGUGUUGAGCGUCACUGCGGUUAGGAAAAUUUAUGCCGUCAUCGGUAAAUAAUAUAAAGUAACCAUCGGAAAUAAUGUGCGAAUUGAUAACGUUUUUCGCUUUCCGCAGGAAACGUCGGCCCAGGUCUGGGAGUGAUGGCCGCCUCGUACGUGGGCUGCAACAAAGUCAUGGCCACAUUUUACUUCACCUUGGGCAUGGCACUCAUGGGAUUCUGUUAUCCCAGCAUCCGUGUCAAUUCGCUCGACUUGUCGCCGAAUUACGCGCCGACCAUAAUGGCCCUGGUGAACGGCAUUGGUUGUAUAUCAGGGAUGGCCACUCCAUACGUCGCCGGAAUUCUUACACCUAAUGUAUGUACCUGGAUUACGUUUUUAGAUACCAAUCUAAUAGUUUUACUAUGAUUGGUCUGUAAACCUCCACUUUUCUACCAGAAAUCUAGCUCCAGUCAAAAACGUUAUAGGAACUCUCUUGUGACAUUUUGGUCUAGUUGGUGUGUCGAGAACGCGGUUUUCUGAUUUUUUUUUUUUUGUAGCUUUUUGAAUAAAUAAGAAUAAUUAUCAUUUUUUUUUGUAUUAUAUACAUUUUUUUUUUUUAAUAGGCCUAAUCGAUCAAAUUUUGUAUAGGUUUUGAUAACUCAAGAGUGACGAGACUGAGACGGUUUGGACAUGCGAUGAGAAAAAAUGCAAACAAAUAGAGUGAGAUGUAGAAAAAGGAGUGACAAAACAAAAUAGAGAUUGUGUAGAUACGACUGAAAGAACUAAUGUGACGUGCAAAGAUGAUGCGGGAAACCGUGUCGAGUGGAGAUUUAGGAUCGUGAUUGCUGAUCCAAAAUGGGAAAAGAGACGAAGGUGGGAAGCGUUUUAUAAAUAGGUUUCGUAAAGAUUAUGUUUGAUUCCAAAAUAUAGAUUCGUGUAAACUAUUGAUCUGGUUUAAAUUUUAAAACAAUUGACAUUAAUAGGUAUCAAAUAUCAAUUAAUAUUACUUAUUUGCUUUUUUAACGAUUCAGAGAACCGUGUUGGAAUGGCGUCUCGUGUUUUGGAUCAUGAUGAUCGUGAUGACGGUGUCGUCCGCGAUUUAUGGAAUAUUCGGUACCGGCGAACUGCAACCGUGGGACGACUUGGAAGAGUAUUACCAAAGGGAAAAAGAAAAGCAAAAAAAAGGAUUGCCAAUGGACGAAAGAUUAAGUAUAAUAUAUUCGAAAGAAAUAGAAGAAAGAAGAGUGUUGAAAUAGCAUGGCAUGUCAGACGUUCUUUUCGAUCAUAUACAUUCGGCAUAAUUAACUUAUACUUGUACAAAAACUAUCCUACAUUAUAAAUAUACGAUUUGAAUGUAUGCAUUAUAUAUAUAUAUAGUCGUAUACGUUACCUAUUAAUUAGUAUAUAUGGAAUCGUGUAAAUACUAAUAUUAAAUUAUUUUAUUUAAAAUUCGUGUGUUGUUAAAACCUGAUAUUAUAUUACUAUGUUAUACUCGUACUUUACGAUAAGAUAUUUAUGAAUUUAUUUUUAUAAAAACGAGUUAUUUAUUUUUAA